CUUGAAUUCUACCAACACACUGUGGCUAGCAAAGGCCACCUCGGACACCGACUACUUCGUCGCUGAACUUGCGGAAAAAUGGUUUCGGGGACCCCUGUGCCAGCGGACGCUCCACCGCCACCUGUCUCUGCUGGCGGCACAUAUUCGCUGCAGAGCGUCUCUGUAGGCUGCAAAAUCUAUAUUCGCCGUCCUGGGCCAGAUGGAACAGAAGAAGAGCGUCUGGCGGAAAUUCUCUCCAUUCGAGACAAGCCUAAUAACCCCUAUGCCAGGCGGGCUACCCGCGGUACAACCAAGGAGGAGGAGGGCACACCCAAACCGGAGGACCAACGCGAGUUCUUCGUUCACUGGGAACACUUCAACAAGCGUCUAGAUGAAUGGGUCUCUGGUUCACGUCUGGUUCUCUCUCGCGACCUUGAAUGGCCGCGACCCAAAGCUCCCGCUGCUCCCAAAAAGGCCGCCACUCCUUCCAAGAAGCCGGGGAAACUGCCUAAAGCACAGAGCUUGUUGAAGAAAGCGACGGCCAACGCUACAAAGGCCGCUUCGCCGACGCCAGCUCCCUCUACUCCCUCUGCAACCCCGGUUGACUAUCCAUCCCCUUCACCAACACCUACGUCCCUCAAACGGAAAUUCUCGCCGAGCCAGGAGGAAGAAGAGGAAGAAGAGGAUGCUGAAGGAGAGGACGAUGCUGAGGGAGAAAUGGAUGUGGACAACGAAGGGGAUAUUACCUUUGACCUCAGUCUUCAAGAACCGGUACCCGACGCACCUCCUCUGUCCUCUUUCAGCAAAGAACAGGAAAUCGAGAAGCUCCGAACUUCCGGUUCAAUGACACAGUCUAUCUCGGAGAUUGCCCGUGUCAAGAACCUCAACCGACUGCAGAUAGGCAAACACGAAGUGGAUGCCUGGUACUUCAGUCCAUAUCCGAAAGAAUACGCCCACCUCCCCGUCCUUUACAUCUGCGAGUUUUGUCUAUCCUUCUUCCCCAGCCCCAUGAUGUUCUCGCGACAUCGGCAACGCUGUACUAUGCUACAUCCCCCCGGGAAUGAAAUAUAUCGACACGAAGACAUAUCGUUCUACGAAAUCGACGGGAAGAGGCAGUUGACGUGGUGUAGGAAUCUGAGUUUGCUUUCGAAAUGUUUCCUUGACCACAAAACCUUGUACUACGACGUGACACCUUUCCUCUACUACGUCAUGGUCAAGCGAGACUCUUCGGGUUGUCAUAUCAUCGGCUACUUUUCGAAGGAGAAGGAAUCUGCCGAGAACUACAACGUUGCCUGUAUUCUUACGCUGCCUCAACACCAGCGUCACGGUUAUGGCAAGCUGCUCAUCGAAUUCUCCUACGAGCUCAGCAAGAAGGAAGGGAAACUGGGCAGCCCCGAGAAACCACUGUCUGACUUGGGUCUUCUCGGUUACCGUGCCUACUGGGCAGAGGCCAUCAUCGACCUUCUCCUCAGCACGCCAGAGGGUGAAUUGAGCAUUGACGAGAUCGCCCACAAGACCUCUAUCACGCACGCUGAUAUCAUGAAUACGUGUACAACACUCCAGCUCUUCAAGCACUACAAAGGAGGUCACGCCAUUUGCCUUAAUAAUGCUGUCUUGGAAAAGUACAACAAGUCCAAGGCAAAGCGAAAGCGGAGGAUUCACCCAGAAUGCCUCCGCUGGAAGCCACCCGUAUUCACGAGGGAUCAGCUGCGUUUCGGUUUCUAA